GGACCCAGUAACAGAGAUACCCCAGAGAGAUGUCCCCGUCUUCUGUAUUCCCAGGAUUGUAGAGAGGAGAAUCACAGGAUCCCACAGGAGGAUCAGGAUGAGCACCUUUCUGAUAUGAAGGCCGAAGAUAUAGAGGGAGAAGAAGAGACGUAUGUGACUGAUAUGAAGGCCGAAGAUAUAGAGGGAGAAGAGACGUAUGUGACUGAUAUGAAGGGAGAAGAAGAGACGUAUGUGACUGAUAUGAAGGCCGAAAAUAUAGAGGGAGAAGAGACGUAUGUGACUGAUAUGAAGGGAGAAGAAGAGACGUAUGUGACUGAUAUGAAGGCAGAAGAUACAGAAGGAGAAGAAGAGACGUAUGUGACUGAUAUGAAGGCCGAAGAUAUAGAGGGAGAAGAAGAGACGUAUGUGACUGAUAUGAAGGCAGAAGAUAUAGAGGGAGAAGAAGAGACGUAUGUGACUGAUAUGAAGGCAGAAGAUAUAGAGGGAGAAGAAGAGACGUAUGUGACUGAUAUGAAGGCAGAAGAUAUAGAGGGAGAAGAGACGUAUGUGACUGAUAUGAAGGCAGAAGAUAUAGAGGGAGAAGAAGAGAUGUAUGUGACUGAUAUGAAGGCAGAAGAUAUAGAGGGAGAAGAAGAGACGUAUGUGAUUGAUAUGAAGACAGAAGAUAUAGAGGGAGAAGAGACGUAUGUGACUGAUAUGAAGGCAGAAGAUAUAGAGGGUGAAGAAGAGACGUAUGUGAGGAGAGAUCAGAAGUGUAAGGAAGAGGAAAUGCCUACAGAUAUCAGCACAGCAGAUGGAGGCACAAGCAGGAAUUCCUUGGAGGGAGAUCUCAUCUUGUCUGCAGAUAGUAAAAUAGAAGAUAACAUCACACAGUAUUCUCCAGGAGACAUCCCCAUUUCUCUAACUAUACAUCCAGUACCUCACAGUGCUGAUAUUUCAUCUGAUCCCUGUAAUUGCGAUGACUGUAAAUCUAAUACCUCAGAUUUUGUUACACAUCGUGCAGCUCAUACAUGUGAUAAAAUAUUUCCAUGCUCUGAGUGUGGGAAAAGUUUUGCAUGCAAAUUACAACUUGUUAUACAUCAGAGAAGUCAUGCAGGUGAGAGACCAUUUCUAUGUUCUGAGUGUGGGAAAUGUUUUACAGUCAAAUCACAUCUUGUUGCACAUCAGAGAAGUCACACAGGUGAGAGACCAUUUCCAUGUUCUGAGUGUGGGAAAAGUUUUGCAGGAAAAUCACAGCUUGUUAGACAUCAGAGAAGUCACACAGGUGAGAAACCAUUUCCAUGCUCUGAGUGUGGGAAAUGUUUUCUGUGUAAAUCAGAACUUGUUAGACAUCAGAAAAGUCACACAGGUGAGAAACCAUUUCCAUGCUCUGAGUGUGGGAAAAGUUUUGCAGGCAAAUCACAGUUUGUUAUACAUCAGAGAAGUCACACAGGUGAGAAUACAUUUCCAUGCUCUGAGUGUGGGAAAUGUUUUCUGUGUAAAUCAGAAUUUGUUAUACAUCAGAGAAGUCACACUGGUGUGAAACCAUUUCCAUGCUCUGAGUGUGGGAAAAGUUUUGCACUCAAGUUACGUCUUGUUAUACAUCAGAGAAGUCACACAGGUGAGAAACCAUUUCCCUGCUCUGAGUGUGGGAAAAGUUUUGCACUCAAGUUACGUCUUGUUAGACAUCAAAGAAGUCACACAGGUGAGAAACCAUUUCCAUGCUCUCAGUGUGAGAAAUGUUUUCCACUCAAAUCACAGCUUGCUAGACAUCAGAGAAGUCACACAGGUGAGAAUACAUUUCCAUGCUCUGAGUGUGGGAAAUGUUUUCUGUAUAAAUCAGAACUUGUUAUACAUCAGAGAAGUCACACAGGUGAGAAACCAUUUCCAUGCUCUGAGUGUGAGAAAUGUUUUCCACUCAAAUCACAGCUUGCUAGACAUCAGAGAAGUCACACAGGUGAGAAUACAUUUCCAUGCUCUGAGUGUGGGAAAUGUUUUCUGUGUAAAUCAGAACUUGUUAUACAUCAGAGACGUCACACAGGUGAGAAACCAUUCCCAUGCUCUGAGUGUGGGAAAAGUUUUGCACGCAAAUCACAUCUUGCUAGACAUCAGGGAAGUCACACAGGUGAGAAACCAUUUCCAUGCUCUGAGUGUGGGAAAAGUUUUGCACGCAAAUCACAUCUUGCUAGACAUCAGAGAAGUCACACAGGUGAGAAACCAUUUCCAUGCUCUGAGUGUGGGAAAUGUUUUCUGUGUAAAUCAGAACUUGUUAUACAUCAGAGAAGUCACACAGGUGAGAAACCAUUUCCAUGCUCUGAGUGUGGGAAAAGUUUUGCAGGCAAAUCGUAUCUAGUUAAACAUCAGAAAUUACACAGGAGUAAAGCAUUACUAUGAUCUGAUACACAACAGGGUUGUAGCAACACUUUAUUGCAUUGGACAGGUCCGCACUGCCCAUCUGUCACC